AUGGCUGCCCAGUUCAAUUUUUCAAAAGAAACGCCCCCAGAUUCAAUGUUUAGCGAUAUUCAAACAUUGAAUAAAUUCCACGACGAUCAAUUUAGUCAGUUAGUAGAAUUUGUUUUCUUAUUUUUGAUUGAACCAACAAAGUCUGAAAGAUUAGUGAAUCAGUUGGAAGAGUUUGCUAGUGAAAAUGGCGUUGGACCAGGUCCAUUAAAAAAUGUGUUUAAAAGUUUAUUAGUCAUUCCAAAUAGCGCAUUAAAGAAAAGUUUAAGUCCUACACACGUACAAGAAGAUUUAGUUAAUUUAGGUUUAUCUGAAGAAAAGGCAAACACAUUUAUUGAACAGUGGAAAACGAAUUUAGCUUUAUUAUCCAGAAGUGCCCUGGGUCAAACUUUAAUGGUCAACCAGUUAGUUGAUAUGGAAUGGAAAUUUGGAGUUACUGCAUCCAGUAGUGAAUUAGAUAAAGUUGGCAAUACGUUUUUACAGUUAAAAAUGGUAAUAAACACAGGAAAUGGUACCAAAAAUACAUACAUGGAGUUGUCUUUGCCACAAUUUUAUUCCUUUUUACAUGAGAUGGAGAAAGCCAGAGCAAGUUUAGAAUACCUUAGUUAA